UUGGCAGCCCAAUGCAAAAGCUGCUGAGCUUUAAAAAUCAGAAGCAAAACCGUACACUCAAAGAAUUUCCUGCUUUCUUGGGGGCAACUCAUAUUUGUGCAUAAUAAUAUAGCUCUGAAAUAUCACUAGUAUAGACAAGGGGAUUAUCAAGAAUGGCGUGCAGGACUGUGUUCAGAACUGUAUUCUUAAAGGACCCAUGGAUGAUACCUCUUCCAAGGAAUCUCACCUCUUUUCCUGUGACAUUGUUUUCUAUCCACAAAACUUCCUCUUCUAUACCCCUUUUGCGUUGUGCCUGUAAAGCCCAAAGAAGUUAUAGAAGAAGAAGUCAGGUUGUGAAUUGCUCGUCCAAUAACGAGAACCCAUCUUCUUCCACUGAAGAUGAUGAUCUCGAACAAGGUCCUCCUCAAGAAGUUGUCCUUAAGGCCAUUUCAGAAGUGUCCAAGACAGAAGGGAGAGUUGGACAAACUACCAAUGUUGUUAUUGGGGGCACAGUGCAUGAUGAUUCAACUAAUGAGUGGCUAGCUCUCGACAAGAAGGUGAAUUCUUACCCAACCGAAAGAGGCUUUACAGCUAUUGGUACCGGAGGUGAUGAUUUUGUGCAUUCCAUGGUUGUUGCUGUAGAGUCAGUGAUACAACAGCCUGUUCCCGAGGGCCAGGUGAAGCAGAAGCUAUCUUCAGGAGGAAAAUAUGUAUCAGUAAAUAUCGGGCCCAUUCAAGUUGUUUCAAGUGAGCAGGUUCAAGCUGUAUACGAGGCCAUGAAGAGAGAUGACAGGAUGAAAUACUUUCUGUAAACUGCUUUCUUCACUACCUUUGUAUAUAAUGGAAAUACCUAAGAGUAUGUCGUUUUGUACUUUAGUUUAACCUUGUUUUCUACUAUAUAUCUAUUCAUUGAACUAAA